UGGGCCACUGAAGCAGAGCGCACGAACUUAACCACUGGGCCACGGGGCCGGCCCCAGGAGGUAUUCUUUAUAGUCUUAAUUUUACUGAUGGAAAACCAAGGCACUAAGAUGUCAUGAACUCUACAGACACAGUUUCACAUUUAAAAUACCUGAUAACAGACUCUGUAUCUCAAAUUUCAGCAGGGUACCAUUCCCACAUUAUGUAUACUUAUUUAAAGCCUGGACCAGUAUCAUCCUGAUCAAUAAUGGUGUACAUGCUGUCAUAGCAGAACCAAAUUAGUUAACCUGUUACCUACUGUUAGAUUUUUAUGUUUCUAAUUUGUGGUUAUCAAAAAUUGUUUUGAACAUCCUGUACAUGCAUUUUUUUUUUUUGUAUUUCUAUAGAUAUUUAACUAAUACAAAUUCCUAGGAGUAGAAUUUAGGGUCAAACAACUAGACUUUUAGUAAGGGCUUAUAUGCCAGACCAUACAGUCUUAGUAUUUGGGGUGAUAAAAAGACUCAAAUGACACAAUUGCUACCUUUUUUUUUGGCUAGGGAGAAUUCGCCCUGAGCUAACAUCCAUGGCAAUCUUCCUCUGUUUUUCAGUAUGUGGGCCACCAGCAUAACAUGGCCACUAACAAAGCGGUAUAAGGUCCGUGCCGGGAAACUGGGUGCAGGCUGCAGAAGUGAAGUGCGCCAAACUUAACCGCUAGGCCACUGGGGCUGGCCAACAUACUUGCUACUUUUAGGCUCCUAAUAAUUCUGGAUUCUCUUUGUUCUUCUCCAGUAGAGGAAUCCCAAGGAGGACUGAUCAGUUUUUGCAGGUGUACAACCAUGGCAUACGCCCCAGUACAUAGCUGUAUAGUCUACUCAUAAGUCCUUCUAGUUCUUCUAUGUGAGCCACUGCCACAGCAUGGCUGCUGGCAGACGACUGGUGUGGUUCUCACCUGGGAGACGAACCUGUGCCGCUGAAGCGAAGCAUGCCGAACUUUAACCGCUAGGCCAGCAGGGCUGGCUCCAGUUUUCCUCCUUUUAACAGGUAAUGAGAAAAAUCUUGAUAGUGAAACUUUUGAAUUCUACUGAUGAUAUUACUCAAGGAUGUCCAAGAAAUGCUCUGGCUUCUCUGGAGUUUGAACUUUUUUCGAUGGGGGAGCACUGAAGAGGACUGAUCAGGUCUUACGUUUCUAAAACCAUGACCUGUUUUCAGGAAUUAGUGACCUUCAGGGACGUGGCCAUAGACCUCUCUCGGCAGGAGUGGGAAUACCUGGACCCUGUUCAGAGGGACUUGUACAGGGAUGUCAUGCUGGAGAACUAUAGGAAUUUGGUCUCACUGGGACAUUCCAUUUUGAAGCCAGAUGUGGUUGACUUAUUGGAGCAAGGAAAAGAGCCCUGGAUGAUUUUGAGGGAAGAAACACGAAGACAGCACACAGAUUUGGAUUUACAGUGUGAGGUAAUCAGCUAUGUAGAAAUGCCCACAUGUGAAAAAGAUAUAUCUUCUACACAACACCAGAGCAUAUAUAACAGAGAGAAACGCAAGGAAUGUAAGAAAUAUCAGAAGAAAUUUAGUGGUGGCUGUCAACUUAAUCUCCAUCACAGGUUUCAUAUUGGUGAAAGACCCUAUGAAUGCAAAGAAUGUGGGAAGAACUUUCGUAGUGGCUAUCAACUUACUCUACAUCAAAGAUUUCAUUCUGGUGAGAAACCCUAUGAGUGUACAGAAUGUGGGAAGAACUUUAAAAGUGGUUACCAACUUACUGUACAUCAGAGAUGUCAUACGGGUGAGAAAACCUAUGAAUGUCGGGAAUGUGGGAAGGCCUUUAUUUAUGCCUCACACAUUGUUCAGCAUGAGAGAAUUCACACUGGGGGGAAGCCUUAUGAAUGUCAGGAAUGUGGGAAGGCCUUUAGUCAAGGCGGACACCUUAGAAUUCAUCAAAGAAUUCAUACUGGUGAGAAACCCUAUAAAUGUCAGGACUGUGGGAAGGCCUUUAGUAGGCGCUCAAACCUUGUUGAACAUAGGCAAAUUCAUACUGUUGAGAAACCAUACAUGUGUGAGAAAUGUGGGAAAGCCUUUCGAAGAGGUCAUCAACUUACUGUACAUCAGAGUGUUCAUACCGGUAAAAAACCAUAUGAAUGUAAAGAAUGUGGGAAGGGCUAUACCACUGCCUCAUACCUUAUCCUACAUCAAAGAAUUCAUAAAGGCGGGAAACCAUAUGAAUGUAAGGAAUGUAGGAAAACCUUUACCUUGUAUAGAAAUCUUACUCGGCAUCAGAAUAUUCAUACUGGUGAGAAACUUUUUGAAUGUAGGCAGUGUGGGAAGGCCUACACCACUGGCUCAAAACUUUUUCAACAUCAGAAAAUUCACACUGGUGAGAAGCCCUAUGAAUGUAAGGAAUGUGGGAAGGCCUUUAGCUUGCAUGGGUAUCUCAAUCAACAUCAGAAAAUUCACACUGGUGUGAAACCCUAUGAGUGUAAGGAGUGUAAAAAAACUUUUACUUUGUAUAGAAAUCUUAUUCGACAUCAGAGUAUUCAUACCGGUAAGAAACUUUUUGAAUGUAAGGAAUGUGGGAAGGCCUAUAGUACUGGCUCAAACCUGAUUCAGCAUCAGAAAACUCACACUGGUGAGAAGCCCUAUGAAUGUAAGGAAUGUGGGAAGGCCUUUAGCUUGCAUGGGUAUCUUAAUCAACAUCAGAAAAUUCACACUGGUGUGAAACCCUAUGAGUGUAAGGUGUGUAGGAAAACCUUUACUUUCUAUAGAAAUCUUACUCUGCAUCAGAGUAUUCAUACUGAUAAGAAACCUUUUGAAUGUAAGGAAUGUGGGAAAGCCUUUAGACGCAGUUCACACCUGACUGCACACCAGAGUAUUCAUGCUGAGCAAAAACCCUAUGAAUGUCAGGAAUGUGGGAAGGCCUUUAAAAUGUAUGGAUACCUUACACAACAUCAGAAAAUUCAUACUGGUGGGAAACCCUAUGGCUGUAAGGAAUGUGGGAAGGCCUUCAGUCGUGCUUCAAACCUUGUUCAGCAUGAAAGAAUCCACACUGGUGAGAAGCCCUAUGUGUGUAAGAAGUGUGGGAAGGCCUUCAGAUAUGGUUCAGCCCUGAAAGCACAUCAGGGAAUUCAUAGAGAUACGCGACUCUAAGAACAGAAGGAGUAGGAGAAUGCUUCAGGCACGGCCCAAGCUUUGUUGACAUCCGACAUUUCACACUGGUGAGAAAUGAUUGAAUGUUAGUCUAAUGGGUCUGUCUUUACCAAACACGAGAAUUCAUAAUGCAGUCCAUGCCACUUUAGAAAGCCUUCAAUGCUGCUCCUGUUUUAAUGGAAUGUCUGACUAUUCAAACAAUGGCAAAUUAAGAAAAAAAUGGGAAUUCCAAUUUCUUCAUGUGUACAACAUGCAUAGUGUGGAAUUUUUAAUUAAAUUUGUUAAUUUAAUGAAUGGCUUAAAAAAAAGCCUUCCAUAUUACUUGUCAGUGGCUGUGUUACAAAUUACCCCAAAUCUUAAUGGCUUAUCACAACAGUAAACAAGUCUCACAGCUUCUGUGGGUCAGAAAUUCAGGAGUGACUUGGCUGAGUGCGUCUGGAUUGGGUUUUUCAUGAGACUGACGUCAUCUGAAGGCUUCAUUGGGGCUGAAGAUGUGCCCCCAGGGGGCUCGCUCACCUUGGCUGCUGGCUUAGAGAGAGAGGAUCAGGAGAAGGCCAUCCUCAUCCACAGAGGACCUGAUUUAGAUGAGGAAACCCUGGACUUGGAGGUGAGGCUGCAAGCGGAUGAGACUCUGGGGGCUCCUUGAGCAUGUUUUGCAUGUGGUAGGAAUGGAAACAAUUUGUACUCAGAGGGCCAAUAAGUAUGUUUUUAAAAUAUAUCCACAAAUUAUUUGAAA